UCAUCUUUCUCUUAUAGUGGUAGCUGCCCAUCUCUAAAUUUCUCCAUUUAAGCAAGGUAAGGUAAGGUAGCUCUUCUUGUUUAUUGCAGGCUGAGAGACGCAUUUGUUCUUCAAUUGCCUUCUCUGAAUCAACGAUCCAAGGUUUAUCAAUCAGAUCUAUUUAGGACUGGAAAUAUGGCGUCUGGACAACUUUUUUCAAGGACAACACAGGCGUUGUUCUAUAAUUAUAAACAAUUGCCGAUACAAAGGAUGCUUGAUUUUGAUUUCCUUUGUGGAAGAGAAACGCCUUCUGUUGCUGGAAUCAUAAAUCCUGGUUCCGAGGGGUUUCAGAAACUCUUUUUUGGUCAGGAAGAGAUUGCUAUUCCUGUUCACUCAACUGUUGAAGCUGCUUGCACCGCUCACCCUACUGCUGAUGUGUUUAUAAACUUUGCAUCUUUUAGAAGUGCUGCUGCUUCAUCCAUGGCUGCUCUGAAGCAGCCAACCAUUAGAGUAGUGGCUAUAAUAGCUGAAGGUGUCCCUGAGUCAGAUACCAAGCAACUGAUAUCUUAUGCAAGGGCAAACAAUAAGGUUGUCCUUGGUCCAGCUACUGUUGGGGGAAUUCAAGCUGGAGCCUUCAAGAUUGGUGACACUGCAGGAACGAUCGAUAAUAUUAUUCACUGCAAGUUAUACAGGCCAGGCUCUGUUGGUUUUGUCUCCAAAUCGGGUGGCAUGUCCAACGAAAUGUAUAAUACAAUUGCCCGUGUAACUGAUGGCAUCUACGAAGGUAUUGCUAUUGGAGGAGAUGUCUUCCCAGGUUCUACUCUAUCUGAUCAUGUUUUGCGAUUCAACAACAUCCCCCAAGUCAAGAUGAUUGUUGUUCUUGGGGAACUUGGUGGAAGAGACGAAUACUCCCUUGUUGAAGCACUAAAGCAAGGAAAGAUCAAUAAACCAGUUGUAGCUUGGGUUAGUGGUACCUGUGCUCGGCUCUUCAAGUCGGAAGUGCAGUUUGGACAUGCGGGAGCCAAGAGUGGUGGUGAAAUGGAAUCUGCACAGGCAAAGAAUCAAGCACUUCGGGAUGCAGGAGCUGUGGUACCCACUUCAUAUGAAGCAGUUGAAGCUGCAAUCAAAGAAACAUUUGAGAAUCUGGUUGAGGAGGGCAAGAUAACUCCAGUGAAAGAAGUUACACCUCCACCAAUUCCAGAGGAUCUUAACAUUGCCAUUAAGAGUGGAAAAGUGAGAGCUCCAACUCAUAUCAUUUCCACCAUAUCUGAUGACAGAGGGGAAGAGCCAUGUUAUGCUGGUGUGCCCAUGUCUUCCAUUGUUGAGCAGGGUUAUGGUGUGGGUGACGUCAUAUCACUCCUGUGGUUCAAGCGCAGUCUCCCUCGUUAUUGUACAAAGUUCAUUGAGAUUUGCAUAAUGCUAUGUGCUGAUCAUGGUCCCUGUGUCUCUGGCGCCCAUAACUCAAUAGUAACAGCCAGGGCUGGGAAAGAUCUUGUUUCUUGCCUUGUUUCAGGUUUGCUUACAAUUGGUCCUCGAUUUGGUGGUGCUAUCGAUGAUGCUGCUCGGUAUUUUAAGGACGCAUACGACACGGGUCUUUCACCAUACGAAUUUGUAGAAAGCAUGAAAAAGAAGGGCAUUCGCGUGCCAGGAAUUGGUCACCGGAUUAAGAGAGGAGACAACAGAGACAAGAGAGUAGAGCUGUUACAGCUAUUUGCAAGGACCAAUUUCCCAUCAGUUAAGUACAUGGAAUAUGCUGUUGAAGUUGAAACUUACACACUGUCAAAGGCGAACAAUCUGGUGAUGAAUGUAGACGGUGCGAUUGGAUCUCUGUUCUUGGACCUUCUUGCUGGUAGCGGUAUGUUCACUAAACAAGAGAUUGAUGAGAUCGUGGAGAUUGGUUAUUUGAAUGGUCUCUUUGUGUUGGCACGCUCUAUAGGCCUCAUCGGGCAUACAUUCGACCAGAAGAGAUUGAAGCAGCCACUGUAUCGUCACCCUUGGGAGGAUGUUCUUUACACUAAGUAAUGAAUUUGUCAAAGUUCUUGCUGUGGGCCUUUGGUGAAUCUUCUUUUUCUUAGUUUUGUUGUUGUUGUUCUUAUUAUCAGAGUAGUAGAUGGAAGUUUUCAAGUGGAAAAUUUGAUGAGAUAAACUUCUGGAUCCUAUUUGUAUCAAAGACUUGUUUUUUUUAUUAAUAAAGACAGUAAUUUUGA